AUGGCAGCUGGGAUCCUUGAUGGCAUGGAGGGAAAACUAGGACACGCUGCUUGGAGAUGGCUCUUCUUCAUAGAAGGGGCAAUCACGAUUGCGGUGGCCGUGCUUGCGGUCUUCGUCCUGCCCGACUUCCCAGCUACCACGAAAUGGCUGUCGGAGGAGGAACGUGCGCUUGCAUUGCGGCGGAUGGAGGAGCAAGGGGGCGCCACGAGCGAGGAGGACGCACAGACGGGCGCGCUGGCCGGACUGUGGAUGGCGAUAACAGAUUGGAAGGUUUGGUGGAUGUCACUCACGCUGACGUCAUGGGUCGUGUCGCUCUCGUUUAACGCCUACUUCCCUACGCUAAGCGCGACCAUGGGCUUUAACCGCAAUGUGACGCUGCUGUUGUGCGCGCCGCCGUUCGCGUUUACCGCGUUCGUUGCAUUCGCGCUGUCGCGCCAUUCUGACAAGACCCGACAGCGCUUCUAUCACUGCGUGGGGUCUUUGGGGGUCGGACUUUUGGGGUUCGUGAUCGCGAUCAGCACCAUGAACACGGCUGCGCGCUAUAUUUCUCUGUAA